AUGCACACCUCCUUCCUCCUCGCUACAGCCAUCACAAUCCUUGGCACUCAGGCUGAAUCCAGUACCAUAGUCGGCUACUUCGCCCCAUUCUGGGAUGUGAUCGUCCCCGCCGGCGGCUGGACAAGCAGCGCUGCCAGUCUGGCCCAUAUCAACGCCCAAGCCGCCACAUACCACGUGGGCUGUGACGAGAACGCCCCAAAGACAGACUGCGACUUUCCCUCUUCAUGGACUAUCAUCCAGGGUCCCGAGACAGUGAGCUUCACGGGAAAAUACAUUGCCACGGCUUCAGACGAUUAUACCAGCUACGAUAUCACUGUUACGGAGUCAUUUGAAUGCUCGCUUAAGUCUUCUACGGAGUCUGCUAGCUGUACUAUGAGUGUUGGGAUGAGUGGGUCGGUUGAUGGUAUGAAGUAUAAGACUUCGACUACGACUAAGGCUACUUAUGCCACUGCGCCUAUUGAUAGCUCUUAUCGUGCGUUGACUGUUACUGCGGGUUUGAGUUCCUAUACUAUGCCUGCGGCUACUGAGAAUGGGGGUGCUAUGGGUGCUGCUGGGGCUAUGAUUACGGCUGCUCCGGUUGUUGCUGCUGCGCUUGCUGCUUUGCUUUGA